UUGGUUUGAGAGUUGAGAAAGAGAGAAGAGAGGAAAAGACAGAAAGUGCUACGUCAGAGUCCUUUGGUUGUAGGGUAGGUAGGGUUGCCUUCUCCCUUCUCUUUCUCUUCUUGGGUUUUGUGGAGAAUCCCCUUCCCUCAUCCACAUCUCUUUCUCUCUCUGAGUUUCAACAACUGGGUCUACAUUUUUGUUCAUACUUGUGUGUGUGUGGUGCAAUUACUGCGUUUUUGUUGCGUGAUUAUGAUUUUGGAAGCUUGAAGUUGCUGUACCAUAUAUAUCUGGUUUCACUACUUCAACUAGUUCUCUUUGUCAACACUUUCUUCUUUUGUUUUCCUAAAAUAAGAUAGAGAAGAAGCUAAGAAGUAAAAACAGAAAAUUGUCUCUUGGGUUGGUUCCAAAACUAAACAAUGAAGUAGCUAUAAUAAUAGCAAACUAACCAUCCAAGUUUAAUUAUAUUAUUUUGGUUCAUAUUCAUAUUUAACAAACAUUUUUCUAAUCAAGACUUCUCUUUGCUUUGCUUUACUUUGUUCUGUUCUGUUGUUUGUUUUCCAAUUUUUUCUAAUUAAGGUAAGGAGUGAGGAGUUUAGUAAUUCCUUAUCCAAGCUUAUAUACAUAGAUCCCAGAAUUAUAGAACAGCCUUAUAGGGACCGACAAGAUGUUGAAUUGAAGGGGCUCAUAUGUUACAACAACACAGGAGUAAUAACUCAAGAGAACAUGUCAAACUUCACUCCACCACCACCAACUCAAACUCAUGGCCAAGUUAAUAAGAAGAAGAGAAGCCUCCCUGGUAACCCAGACCCUGAUGCUGAAGUGAUAGCGUUGUCACCGAAGACUUUGAUGGCGACAAACAGAUUCUUAUGCGAGAUCUGUGGGAAAGGGUUUCAGAGGGAUCAGAAUCUGCAGCUGCACAGAAGAGGCCACAACUUGCCGUGGAAGCUGAAGCAGAGAACGAAGACGGAGGUGGUGAGGAAGAAGGUGUACGUGUGCCCGGAGCCAACUUGCGUGCACCACGAUCCCGGCAGAGCACUGGGAGACCUCACCGGAAUCAAGAAGCACUUCAGCAGGAAGCACGGCGAGAAGAAGUGGAAAUGCGACAAGUGCUCUAAGAAGUACGCCGUUCAAUCCGACUGGAAAGCUCACUCCAAAACCUGCGGCACUCGCGAGUACCGAUGCGACUGCGGCACCCUCUUCUCAAGGAGGGACAGUUUUAUCACGCACAGAGCGUUUUGUGAUGCGCUUGCGGAAGAAAGCGCGAGAGCUGUGACAGCUGUAUCUCAGUCUCAAUCUCAUGAAAUCCAUGGAUUCCCACUGAAGCAAGAGCAGCAAAGUAGUUUCAGCACCAUGCCACCGUGGCUUGAUUUCUCGUCAGUUACUCCAAGGUUGGAUCUGGAUGAACAAGUCCCAAAUCGAAACCCUAACCCUAGCGGUGUAAUUGGACCCACAGCGCACAUGUCAGCCACUGCGUUGCUUCAGAAAGCAGCGCAGAUGGGUGCAACCACCACCACCACCACCGUCAGCUCAUCCGCACAACACUCACAGUCACAGCUCAUCAGGACCCACCCGCAGGGUCACGUGUCUGACACUUUUGGUUUGAAUUUGUCCUCACGUGACGACCCUACUGCUUUCGCUCACCAUGGCUUCUUCCCGCCUCCUGCUUCUUCUCCGUCUCUCCUCCACCACGUCAUCAACUCUUUUGACGACGCUUUUGGCGCCAACGACGGUGGUGGCGAGGGAUUGACCAGGGAUUUCUUGGGGCUUAGGCCUCUCUCUCAUAGCGAUAUCCUCACGAUUGCUGGUAUCAGUAACUGCAUCAACUCUACUUCUUCUUCUUCCCCGCAUCAUCAUCACCAAAAGCCAUGGCAAGAUUAAAUUCAAAUGGAAGAAUUAGUUGUGAUAACAUGGUCGGUCCUUACACACUUACUUUACAUUCUCUAUUGUUUAGUCCAUGAACCUUUGUUGAGCUUAAGCCUUAAGCACAUGAAAAGAUCAUAUGGGUAAAUUAAGUUCUGUCGAUUGUUAUAUUCUUUUUCUAAAUCUUUUCCUCUUUCUAAUUUUAAGUUGACUGCAUAAACAAUAUAAUUAACCCCCUCCCCCCUUUUUGUUUGUCCUUCUGGUUAAAUUAAACCCCUUUAUUAUAUAACAUAAAAAGUAUUUAGAGUUUUCACGUGAAGAUCCAAAGAAUAAUCAAGUUGAAAUGAUAAUCCAAUUGACCAAAAAUUUAUAGGACUAUGGCUUCACCUAUAUAGAAUUUCAAAUGCAUGCAUUAUAUUCAUUAAACUGAUUAAAUGGAGUAUACGUGUUGUUGCAUUAAAUCUUAAGAAAAACGAGAGAUAUAUAUGAUUUAGUUUCUAUGUUAUAAUCUGCUAACACUUUCUUUAGAAGAUCUAUUAUAUGUUUCAGUAUAAUGCAUCGUGUUAAUAAUGUUAUUAUCCAUCAUGUGGGCCAGUCAACGAUCAAAUCUGCCGAUUUUUUUACCAUAUGGAUCGAUGAUUCGUUUCUAUCUUUUUGAACUCGUCAGUUAUAUAUGACUUCUCAUGAUAGAGAGCUUUGAAUCUUCAUGAAAAAUUUGUCCUACCUACCAUCUUUAUCUUAAUCAUUAACCUUUUUGAUUAAUCCUCUCAUUAUUAUCACGUGGACCGAUGUUGAUAGUAAAAUAUAUAUAAUUAUCUCUUAGUAUAAUAAGAUAAUGACAAGCACUAUUAUUGUUAGCAUGAUCAUUAUCAUAUAAUCACAAAGAUCAAUGAUACAAUCAUAAUAUGCAUGCUGCGACUAGUUUAUGUGUAUGGAAGGAUAUGAUAUGAUGUGUACACAUAAAAUGCAUUGGAUUCUUUAUUUUAGGGAGCAUCCGUGACUAUAUGAAAUAAUGCAUGUUAGCUUGCUAUCUGAAUUUGUUUUUCUCAUUUUUUGGAGAAUUAAAAAAAAAUUAAUAUACAUAUAUAUUAAAAAAAAAGAUGCUCGCGUUGAUCCUUUGAAUCCAUUUGCCCUAUUUUUUCUUUUAUAUAUUAUACUUUCUAACAAAAUAAAUGUUAAUUAAAAAAGGUUCCUACGAUAUUUCUUUUUC